GCGUGUCAUGAAAAAGUGCCGAUUGUCAUGUGAAUUGUGAAUAGAGAUUUGAGUUUGGAGAAGCGUCGUCGCCAUUUUGUAUUCAAUUUCGAACUAAAUUUUUAGAUAGGUGUAAAGUGGUAUCUCUAAAUUAAUUUAAUUUUAAGUGUGUUCUGUGUAUAAUCUAGAAAUUAUAAUGCCGGGCGCCGGUACUUUCAAAAUCUUCGUCGGCAAUCUUUCCGAUAAAACAACAGACGCAGAUUUGAGACCGUUGUUCGAAAAGUUCGGUACCGUCGUAGAAUGCGAUAUCGUCAGAAAUUACGGUUUCGUGCACAUGGAAAACGAGCAAGUCGGCCGCGAAGCCAUUCAAAAUCUUAACGGAGAAAUAGUUCACGGUCAAGGGAUUAAGAUAGAGGCGGCCAAAAGUCGCAAGGCACCGUCGACGCCGACAACUAAAAUCUUCGUCGGUAACCUCACGGACAAGACGCGCGCGCCAGAAGUCCGCGAGCUGUUUCAGAAGUUUGGCACGGUCGUGGAGUGCGAUAUCGUUCGUAACUAUGGAUUCGUACACUUGGACGCGACGGGUGACGUGAACGAAGCUAUUAAAGAGUUGAACGGAAUGAUGGUAGACGGUCAGCCCAUGAAGGUGCAGCUGUCGACAAGCCGGGUGCGGCAGCGGCCGGGUAUGGGCGACCCCGAGCAGUGCUACCGCUGCGGGCGUGGCGGCCACUGGUCCAAGGAGUGUCCCAAGGCCAUGGGUCCCGACCGUAACGGUUACCGCGAUCGUGCGUUUGGCCGCGACCCCUAUCCCCCGCCGCCGCCGCCACCCUUCCUCCGCGAUCGCAUGAUGGGAGGAUUCGGGGAUCCUUAUGAUGGCUACUAUGACCGGGCUCGGUUUGAUUCACCUAGAGAUCUAUUUGAGCGACGGUACCCUGUUGGAGGUUCCAGGGGAUUAGAUAUGGCAGGUUCUAGAGCUAGAGGAGACUUUGUUUCACCACCUCUGAGAAGAGAACCCAUGCCUCCUAUGCCAAAUCUACCACCCAUGAGAAGUGGGAUGGGUGCCAUGAGAUCAUAUGAUGCAAUGUACAGCCGUAGAAGUCCUCCAAGGGGGCCACAAAUGGCUAGAGGAAUGUAUGAAGACUUCAGCCGUGACACAUUUGAUGAUAGAAGGCCUGGUAUUCGUGGUCCUUCUCCACCUAGAAGAUAUGCGCCUUACUAGUUACUAGCUGAGUGCAGCAUAAUUUAUCUCUGUGUGACCCUAUGUUACCACUGCUGCAAUAUUUACUGAAAAAACAAUUCUUUUAUUCUUAAGUUUGAGUCUUCAGACUUGUUUAAGAUAAUAAUAAUUAAAUUAAAUGAAGAUUUAAUAAAUAGAAAACCACAUUUUCUAUUUUAAAUGAACAACAGCAAUGUGUUUGGGGUGUGGUGUGGUCUCUUUAUUUUAUUCAGUGAGGUACAGAAUGUUGUGUUUUGAAUUGUUGUACUUAAUUAUUGAUAGCAAUAUAAAAUAGUACUAUAGUUUCCAUCUCUAUUUAUUUUAUUCAGAACCACCUUUACAGUUUUAACUAAUUAUUUAAAUUAAAAUCAAAUCAAAACUCAUUUAUAUUUCAAAUAAAUUUACCAUUUUUAACAUUUAUCAUCUUAUGAAUCUUUUUAAAAUUACAAAUAUAUUAUAAAAGAAAAUAGUAUAUGAUAAAUUAAUUAAAAGAUAAUACAUACAACUUCUAUUUUGACAGAGAAGUAAAGUUGGUAUGCUUGCCAAAUAAAAAGUUUCCUGGCUAAGUACAAAUUUUGUUAUUUUUGUAUUGAAAAUGAAAUGGUCUACAUUUCUACUCAAAAAAUAUUGGCAAUGUCAUGCUCAAUAUUGUAUUUAUAAUAGCUGUCUUGUCUAGAGAGUGAUGCUUUGUCGAGAGAUUAUGAUUGAAUUUCAAUUGUUUUUAUUUUAAUCUGUUCACAUUUCAUUGACUAACACAAAAGUAAAAUUUUGCAUUUUAUAUAAAAUAUAAGUUUCACUGUUUGAUUCAUUUAUUAUUGUAUAUUAUGUAUAUGCAUAUUUAAGGAGAAAUGUUGCUCAGUGGAAUACAUAGGCUAUUACAAGUUUUGACCGGAAUUAGAUAUCAUAUUUGACUGGACAAUAUGUAGGUAAGUGGCGAAAGACGACUGAAUCACAGAUUUUUUAUGUAGCUGAGUGUGUGAAUGUGUGUUAUGUACAAACGAAUGGUUUUAGGCUAUCAAAUAUAUUAUAUUGAGUCAAA